AUGCCCGUCCCACCAAAUGCCAUCGCCUCGGAGCCUCCCCAAGUGGCCCACAACAUCCGAGCGCAAAUACUAGCAGAGCCCGACGUCGUAAACGACCUGAUCCAAAAAGAAGUCAACUCGGGCUUUAUGAUCGGCCCCUUCGAUAACCCCCCCUUCGAAGUCUUUCGCAUCAGCCCCGUCGGAGUAGCCACAAGGAAAUUUUCGGACGAUUUCCUCGUCAUUUCGCCUCCCGACGCAAUCCCAGCCGCUCAUAUCCUCACAAUCCAAAAGGUUUUUUCCAAGCUCGGGAUCCCCAUCGCUGAGGAAAAAACCAUGGGUCCCGCCACAUCCAUUGAGUUUCUAGGCAUCAACCUAGACUCAGUUAAAUUUCAGUCAGAAAUUCAGGACGCUGGCUCCAGAGGCGGACAAAUCCCCAACUCCAGUUCAUCAUUAUUCAGAAUUAAUAUUCCCAUAAAUCACACGCUAAAACCCCUCCUCGACGCAUCCCUCAACACCAUCCUCCAAGCAGUCUCUCCCAGAACCCUCCAGUCAUACGUGACCGCGUGGAGAUGCUUCAAAACUUUCCACCUCUCAUACAACAUUCCCUUCCCUGAUUUUUCCCUACUCUCAAUCACCUCUUUUAUCUCCUUUCUCAACAGCAUCAAGGGCCUCCAAGCCGGGUCCAUCAAGGGCUACCUGAGUGGCAUCCAAUUCUUCCACAAGCUGAUGUUUGGCGCCCCCUCGCCCGGAAUAAGUAACUCACAAACCUCCCUCCUGAUUAGGGGAAUCCAACGAUCCCGGCCCACCCGGAAUGACCCUAGACUUCCCAUAACAUUAGACAUCCUUACCAAAUGUAUCCACACUCUCCGCACCAAUUAUCAGCCUCUCAGUACCGCCCGCACACUCGAUGCCAUGUUCAUCCUAGCUUUUUUUGGGUUCCUCAGAUGCUCGGAACUCACCAUCUCCUCUAAAUUUGAUCCAAAUACCAACCCCACCAUCUCAGAUUUAACAAUACUCGAUAAUGAAACAAUUUCCUUUUUAAUCAAACAAAGCAAGACAGACCAAGCCAAAAGAGGCCAUGUCAUCUACAUCUUCAACCUCCCUUCUCCAAUCCAACCUUAUCAGUCCGUCCUUGAGUUCCUCCGCCUCAGAAAUUCACAGGCUAAAUCCCCCCACGAACCCCUGUUCCUAGAUGAAGCCAAAAAACCUGUUACUCGUUUCUGGUUCCAAAAACACCUCAAAUCUGUCCUGCAAUCAUCAGGUAUCCCAGCAGAAAAAUUCUCCAGCCACUCUUUUCGUAUCGGGGCAGCAACAUCAGCAGCCCAGAAAGGCCUCUCCAAACAGCAGAUCCAAACCCUAGGAAGAUGGUCGUCAGAAGCCUUCCAAAGCUACAUCAGAACUAACCAAUCUCACAUCAAAGAAGCCCACCAAACCCUCAUUGGCCGACAAGCCAAGUAAAGUAACCUCCCCACAUCUCUUCCCCCCGACUGGUGCAAUGCCUGGAGUCUUGUGCUCCCUUUAGUCGUAAUGAGAGCCCUCCCAGGGGGGUUUUCCUUUCUCCCUCUCUUCCCCGCCUGGUGCAACGCCGGAGUCUUGAUCUCCCAUCAGUUGCCGCAAGAGCCCUCCCAGGCGGGUUCGCCUUUCUCCU